GGCGUCUCACUGACAGUUGGCUGCCGAGCGCCUGAGGCGGAUCCUGCUUCUCAGGGCGGCGGCUGCGGCAGCGGCGGCGGCGGCGGGGCCGGGGUCUCCGGAGCCGGGGGCUGGGAGGAUGGCGGCUCGGACCGCCUAGGGCGGAGCUGCACGGGCGAGAGGCGGCGAGCGGGGCGUUGCAGGCGGGCGCGCCUGCUGCUGCCAUGGACUGGUGAGCGCGGCGGCUCCUGCUCGCUCGCGUCUCCCCGGGCCGGGCGGGCGGCUGCUCGUCUCCGUCAGCACCUCAGCCGCCGGGGCCAUGGGCUCGUCGGCGGCCGCGGCAGCUGCUGCGGCGGCGGCCGCGGACUCGGCGCAGUGGCUCUCGGUGAAGGAAGAGACCAUCUUUCUGCACGACGGGCUCAUCCGCGUCACCGACCUGGCCGAGCUGCCCAGCGAGAUCCUCGGGGCCCCGGAGGCCGCCGACACCGACUUGGAGAUUUUAACAUUUGAGACCAAGAACCCAAUGGAAUUAGCAGAACGUUUGCGCUCUGUCUGUGGGAAUCAGAGCAAUGCCUAUGCCCGCCUGCUGGAAUACCGUCUGAAUGCCUUGCGGGGACUGUGGAAUGCCCAGCGCCAGCUGGCCUUGGAAGAACAGCAUGAAAGGGAAAGCUCCGGUGAUGAAGAAACGUUGGCCCUGCUCAAACGCCAGGGCUUGUUGCAGCAACCCGAGCAAGCUCCCUUCACGUCCCGGAUGGGGCUCCUGCUGGUCUUCCCCCUCAUUCAGUCCCAGAGUAGAACAGACCCCUCUCUCUGUAACAUUACUGCUGAGGUGCUAUUGAACUGCCUUCGUGACUGCCAGCCUCUGAGCUUGACCAAGGAGCCUGCUGACUGUCUCAAUGGAAUUGAAACUCUGCUGUGCUCUUGGCUAGAGGAAACUUCUGACACAGGCCGACACAUCCCUCAUAAGCAAAAAGAAAAUGCUGCUGCUGCCCUGGUGGCUUUGGCAUGUGCCAGGGGAUCAUUGAAAACUUUUGUCCAUACAGUUCAUCUAUUACAGAAACAGACUGAUCUAGGGUACCUUCCUGUAGCCGAUGUGCUGUAUAGGCUGUUGCUUUUGGAAGGGGGGCCUGGAUCCCCCUCCUGUUUGCUUGGUGGCAAACACAUAGUGUCAUGGGGAUAUGAAGACAUGUUACCUGCACCAGAUAGUAACACUAGCUCCAGUUCUGAAAAUAAAGAUGCUGACUUGGGACGCUGCCUCACUGCAGACGGUCUUUACCUGUAUACUACUAACUCAGUUGGAAGAGGAGUGAGCAAACUGGGCUCUGGAUUACAUGGUACUCUCAGAGGCUUUGUAUACUGCCGGAACGAGGAGCUGGAACCGGGAUGGGUUGCUUUCGGCAGCAGCAGUCUUCUCCACCGGCCUGUAUCUUUUGAUAAUAAACCUCACUCCCUUUUCCAGGUCAUUGACCAGAAUACCCUUCAGGUAUGUCAGGUGGUACCAAUGCCAGCUAACCAUCUCCCUGUUGGCAGCACUAUGAGCACCGUGCACCUUUCUUCAGAUGGUACUUACUUCUAUUGGAUCUGGUCUCCUGCCAGUCUGAAUGAGAAAACACCGAAGGGACAUUCUGUUUUCAUGGACGUUUUUGAACUUGUGGUUGAAAAUGGUGUGUAUGUUGCCAGUCCACUUCAGGAACGCACAAUUCUAAUGAGAAAAGAGGGUGAGUCUGCGAAAAGCAUUAACGAGAUGCUUCUUAGCAGACUUUCCCGCUACAGAGCUUCCCCAUCCGCUACGCUGGCCGCCCUCACUGGCUCCACCAUUUCCAACACACUGAAAGAGGACCAAGCAGCAAAUACUAGCUGUGGGCUGCCCCUAAAAAUGCUUCGGAAGACGCCCAUAUAUACCUGUGGCACAUACUUGGUGAUGCUGGUCCCACCUCCAGGGGGGUCAGGCAGCUCUGCCACCCGGUCUCUUUUUGGUGGAACGAGUGGUUUGUCGUCUUUAAAAAUCCUAGCCUCUAGCUUGGUGUAUAAUAUUUCGGAUGGUCAGUUCACGAGUCGGGCCGACCUCAUAGAUGCUGCUGGAAGCUCCCUGGGACGUGGUGCUCUUGUGCCUGGAUUGGGUGCCUGUUACGAUACAGUGAACAACAUGCUGUGGACCUGCUCGAAUGACUAUAUCGAUCAGUGGUGUAAUCCUGGGAAUCAGGCCUUCCAUUACGUCUGCCAGAGACUCGGAGUCAGCCACAUCAUCACUGAGCCCAGAGAAGAGGCUAUAACCACAAAUGAGGUUAUAAACCAAUUAUUGCACCACGUUGGUGCGAUGUGCAUACACCAACUCAAUCUUCUUGCUACCAAUCCAAAUCUUCCAAUCACAAGUGUCCUGGGCAAACAGCAUCCGAUCGAAGCUCACCAUCUCAGCAGUAUUUGUGACAUUAUGGAGAAGGCCAUGGUUAAUGGAGACACCUGUAUCAUACGCUGCAUUCUUGUUGUCUUUCAGGUGGUAUUUAAAUUUUUCUUCAGCCCACAAACUGAAAGGAAUCGAGACAUCAUUCGACGGUCAGGAUUGCUUCUUUGGCAGCUGUUGAUGGCACCAAAAGAUCAAAUUUGCCCUGAAAUUCAGAAGGAAGUCUGCCUUGCCAUUAGCUCUGGUUUAAAUAUCUUGUACCCAGGUGAAACUGAAAUCAAUAACUUACUUAAGCUGGUCUUAACAGAAGGAGAGAGAAACAGUGGCCUCUCCCAGUUGCGGGAUGUGAUCCUAACCAAUCUAGCUGAGCAGCUUCAGAACAACCGAUUUGGCAGCGAGGACGAUGAUCAUUACAGACUAAAUGAUGAACUUUUACAUUACAUUCUGAAGAUUGUUGUACGCGAAUCCUGUAUCUUAAUCACCAAGUGCCAAACUGUUUCUAAAGAUGAUUUUCAAAAGCUCCUUUCAACUGUGCCUGCUGCAUCCUCAUGCCUGCGCUAUCUGAUGGCAGUUCAGAACCACCUUCUCAGUAACACUAUUUUGAUUAAACCUGAUGAGAAUGAUGACAGUGACAACUCCUUGCAGGGAGAGACAUUGAAGGUACAGGAGCUCAAGGUCAGUAUUCUGGCUCUUGCCACCCAGAUCCUGACUGGAUGUGAUGAAGUGUUGGAAAUGCUACAGCAGGUCACCACCGCCCUCAUAAACAGUGACAUUCCUGACCGUGAGCAGAGGUUAAAAGGCUUGGAACAAGUUACUAAAGCUACCAUGCUUGGUCACCUUCUUCCAGUGCUCCUGACUUCCCUGAUGCAUCCCAAUUUGCAGACUCUGAUCAUGGCCGACGCCCUGAUGCCUCAGCUAGUGCAGCUGGUACUCUAUACCAGUCAGACGGCUUUGCUGCUUAAAACCCAGUGUCCGGUUUUUGCCGAAGUGGGCUGUUCCCCAUGUGGUGCCUCAGACCAGAAGGGCAGGCUGUUCCCUGAGGAGAGAAUGCUGGAAGAGAAGGAAGAACCAGGCUUUCUCACUGGUUUAAAGAUUCCUGCUCCAUGGGCUGCUGGCAAGACUGUGGAAACAGUCCACCCUGUCAGAGACAACUAUAAAUUUAAAGAGACCGUCCACAUCCCAGGAGCUCGCUGCCUGUAUCUUAGAUUUGAUAGCAGAUGCUCUUCACAAUAUGACUAUGACAAAUCUAACAGUAUAUUUUCUGUUUUGAAGUUGGUGAUAUAUGCGGGGCCUAACACAAACAGUAGGAAGGUUGCUGAGUAUGGAGGCAAUACACUGGGAUAUGGCAGCCGUAGUGUCUUAGGAACUGGUUGGCCGAAAGACUUGGUGAAGGUGGAAGGAGAUACAGUCACCUUCUCCUUUGAAAUGAGAAGUGGCCGUGAACACAACACUCCUGACAAAGCCAUGUGGGGCUUUGCUUGCACAGUUCGAGCUCAGGAGUCUUCGGAGGAUGUGUCAGGAGGCUUGCCCUUUCUGGUAGACCUGGCGUUAGGGCUAUCUGUGUUAGCUUGUUCCAUGUUAAGAAUCCUGUACAAUGGACCAGAAAUUACCAGAGAAGAAGAAGCCUGUCAGGAGCUAUUGCGGUCCAAACUUUUGCAAAGCUUUCCAGAUAGAAGAGGAAGUGAAGAACCUCUUUUCUGUCUGUUCAGGUGCCAGUGGCAAGUGGAAGCCAAUGGCGUGAUCUCCCCUGCCCUUACUCCAAGCCCGUCUCCAUUGCCUCUGACCAUUGAGGAGGACAGAGAGUUCACCUACCCCUCUGACGUCCUCGUGCCUCCAGUUGGAAGCUACUUUGACCUGCCCCGGAUCAGGCUGCCUCCAGGAAUCAUGAUAAAGCUCAGGGAAAUUUCUGGGCGUGCUAGACCUCAAUUUAGACCAAGUAUAAAAGAGGUAAUUCAGCCAGAUGUGAUGGAGGAGAUGGUGGUAUCAUGUGUUAUUAAGCACUUGAACUUGGUUGAUGCACUGCAGUCUCUAAUAAAUUUCCAGUAUCAAGAAGAACAUGCUGAGGAAUAUGACUUAUUGUGUAAAAUUAUGGGAGAGACCUUUAAGAAACUCAAUGCCAUGGAGAGACAGCUGCAGAGUGUGGCAGAAUUGGAACAGAAGUGGCAGAGUGAGGUGGACGAUGCCAUGCAGGGGAAGCUGGAGAACAACAUGCCUUUCUUCUAUGACUAUCAUUUCAAUGAGAACAAAGUGAAAGAACUAGAACUUUUGUGUUCAAUGAAGGAAGUCUCCUUUGAUGGAAAUGAUCUUGAAAACAUGGUCCUAUCACUGAGGGAGAAGUUCCUACAAGAAGUGAAUUCUCUUAUUCAGAAACCCUCGCACCCACUGGCUAAAACGAAGACAUUAGUGAAGAGCUUAAUGAACAGAGCCGAACUCUUGCUGCAUGUCACUAUUGCGGCCCAUUCUGGCCUCACCAGAAGCAUCUCGGGGACCCCUGCAGAGACACCGGCUUGUAAGUCAGCUUCUGAAACAAAGGUGAUCUCUCAUGCUGUGCGGCAGCCUGUUUUUCUUCGGAGCAUGUCGGCUCCUUCUGACCUGGAAAUGAUUGGUAAUGAAGAUUUGGAAUUUACUAGAGCAAAUCAGAGGCGGCGCCACGUGACCAGCCACCGGAGCAGCUCCUUUACACUUCUGCAGUCAUUGGCCAUCGAGGACAGCAGGGACAAGCCCACCUACAGCGUCCUGCUGGGGCAGCUGUUUGCUUUCAUCGGCACCAAUCCUGACCAGGCUGUGUCCAGCAGCAGCUUCCUCUUGGCUGCACAGACACGGUGGAGGCGGGGAAACACACGCAAGCAGGCCCUGGUACACAUGCGCGAACUGUUGACUGCAGCUGUGCGAGUUGGGGGAGUGACGCAUCUUGUGGGACCAGUGACGAUGGUUCUUCAGGGAGGACCCAGAAUUGAAGAACUAACCUGUGGUGGAAUGGUUGAGCAGGUCCAGGAAGCUUUUGGCGAGACCAUGACCUCUGUCGUGUCUCUGUGUGCUCGUUACCCUAUUGCAUGUGCAAAUAGCAUUGGACUCUUGUGUACCAUACCUUACACCAGGAGUGAAGAGAAGUGCCUGGUGCGCAGUGGCCUCGUUCAGCUCAUGGACCGGCUGUGUAGCUUGAGCAGCCAGACCGAGUCCAGCUCCAGCGAGAAACAAACCAAGAAACAGAAGGUGGCCACCAUGGCCUGGGCAGCCUUCCAGGUGCUUGCCAACCGCUGUGUUGAAUGGGAAAAAGAAGAAGGCGGCUCCACAGAGGCUGUGCACUCAGGUCUGGCCCGGCAGGUGUCCAGCCUUCUCACUAACCAUCUUGCCCGAGCGACCGAGUGCUGCGGUAACCAGGCUGCAGGGAACGAUGCUCUCCAGGACGUCCUCAGUCUCCUCAACGAUCUCUCGAGGAGUCACAUAGGUAAAGCCAUCCUAAGCCAGCCAGCUUGUGUGUCCAAACUCCUCUCCCUGCUGCUUGACCAACGCCCAUCUCCAAAGCUGGUCCUUAUCAUCCUUCAGCUGUGCCGGGCGGCACUCCCGCUAAUGAGCGUAGAAGACUGUGGGAACGUGGAGCUCCCACCCUGGAGCUACUCUGUCCCCUCCCUCAACAGUGAGCAGGAGGAUCCCAGCGACCCCGCAUCCAAGAUUGCCUCGUUGCUCUUAGCAAAGCUGGCAGAUUACGUGGUCCCAGGAUGUCAGACAGUUCUUUCUCCAACUGCUUCUGAACCUGACACCACAUUGACAAAAACCAGUCCCAAAAAUUCCUUAAAAGGAGAUAAAGAUCCUGGAGAAGAGAGUGAAGCAGUGGAUGGCAAGCUCUCUAUCUUCAUCCACAAGCGGGAGGACCAGUCAUCCCAUGAAGUUCUCCAGCCGUUACUAAGUAGCUCAGAAGGACGGCCCUUCCGACUUGGUACUGGUGCCAACAUGGAGAAAGUUGUGAAAAUGGAUCGAGACAUGACCAAGGGUGGCUGCUGCGAGGUGGUCACAGAAGAGGCCGCUGCUGCUCUCCGAAAAGCAACCAAGUGGGCACAGUCAGGCCUCAUCGUCAGUGUUGGGCCACCUGUGGAGUCGGUCAACCCAGAGACUGUGAGUGGCCUGUCCACAGGCGACAAGAAGAAAACUGCCCAGACCUCCAUUUGCCGCGAGAGGAACUCUGAGCUUGCGAGGACUGACCCUGUCCGACCCUUCAUCAGUGGGCAUGUGGCAAACAGCAUGGCUGCAGAAGUGAUCGCCCUGCUGCACAGCCUGCUAAUGGCCCCUGAAUCAAAUGCUGCUCAGAUAUGGACCACAACAGCAGAAAAGGUUUUGUCUCGGGCACUGAUGUACAUUCCACAAUUGGGGAAAUAUGCAGAAAGCAUUCUGGAAAACGGAAGCAGUAGUGGUAGAAAACUCGCCAAACUUCAGAGAAUCGCCCGCCAGGCCGUCGCUGCGCUGUGUGCGCUUGGAGGCUUCAAAGAGACAAUCAAGAUAGGGUCUGAGGUUCAGGUUCUAGGCAGAGGAAUAUCAGGAAGCAUCGGAGUAGUGGCUUCUAUCAACGAACAGGAAGGUAUAGCUACAGUCAGAUUCCCACCCAUAGACUGUAGAAAGACUUCGCAAGCAUCAGACACACUGACUAUUCCAUUGUCUAGACUUUGUGUUCCAAGAUCAGAGGCAUUGCCUCUUCAUAAACUGUCCAUUACUGAGAAGGUAGUACAGGCAGUCCAGUCCAUGUUGCUUCCUCAGGAGGGAAGUCUCUCUAUUCAUACCUCACUUCCUGCAACAGGAGAUGGGUCAGCUCCUGUGAUGGCAGUUGUUCGGCUCCUGGCUGAAAUCAGAACAAGAGCAUGCCUGGUCAUGGCCCAGCUUUUAGAAGACAGCUUAUUUUGUGAAGAAUUCAUACAACAGUGCCCAGCAGCUGUUGAAGUUCUAAACCUGGUAGCCCAGGAAUGCAGUGCUGGAGAGCGACUGGCAGUUGUGGAGGUGCAGUGUGAGCGGCUGAGGAUGCUCUACCGGGACUGUGCUAGGCCCCCACCGCCACCCCUGCAGGCUGACCGGAGACAGCCCAGAGAGAUAACCUGGAGCGCCUCGAGAGUGUUCCCACCUGUGCGAGCCUGCAUGUUCUCAUCGCACCUGACAUCCGUCACCUUCCUGGCUGACCCCAGCGCCGGGGGCGGUCUGCCCCGGGGCACCUUUAUCUACGCCACCUCACCACUGCCAGUGCAGGCCCCAUCUUUUUACUGGGAAAUAGAAAUUGUUUCCUAUGGAGAUACUGAUGACGACACUGGACCAAUAGUUUCCUUUGGCUUUGCUACAGAAGCAGAGAAACGAGAUGGGGCUUGGACUAAUCCAGUGGGCACUUGUCUUUUCCACAACAAUGGCCGGGCUGUGCACUACAAUGGCUCCAGUUUAUUGCAGUGGAAGAGCGUUCGCUUAGACGUGACUCUCUCUCCUGGCGAUGUGGCAGGAAUUGGCUGGGAGAGAACAGAGGGGACUCCACCUCCUCCGGGGCAGCCAGCCAAGGGCCGGGUGUACUUCACCUACUGUGGGCAGCGCCUCUCACCUUACCUCGAGGACGUCUCUGGCGGCAUGUGGCCUGUGGUUCACAUCCAGAAAAAGAACACCAAGACUCGAGCUAACUUUGGCUCCCGCCCAUUCGCCUAUGCCGAAGGGCAGGCGCACCGCAACGCUGCUGACUUGUGCACUGACCUGGCAGAGGAGAUCAGUGCUAACUUUGAGGCCCUGCCCUUUGCCAUGGCAUCUGACAGUGACAACGAUGCUGGCACCAGUGUUGCAUCAGACCCAGGCACUCAUGGGCCACCGUGCAGGAUUGCCGCCGUGGCCACCCCUCAGCAGCAAUAUGACAGCGACACAUCCUGUCAUUACAAAGUAGAGCUCAGCUAUGAGAAUUUCAUCACCUCUGGCCCAGACCCCCACCCCCCUCCCAUUGCAGAUGAUGAAAGUGAUGAUGAUGACGAUGACGACAUCCCACAGGAGGACCACUAUGCCCUGCUGGUGAAAGCGUGGGAGACCAAGGUGUUCCCUACCAUCCGAAGGCGCUUCCGCAACGAAGCAGAGCGGAAGUCGGGCCUGGACCAGAUCAAGGGUGCUCUGCAGCUAGGAAUGGUGGACAUUGCCCGACAGACGGUUGAAUUCCUCUACGAGGAGAAUGGUGGCAUCCCAAGAGACCUUUACCUUCCUACCAUUGAAGACAUUAAAGAUGAAGCGAACAAAUUCACAAUUGAUAAAGUUCGAAAAGGUCUCACGGUAGUAACCCGCUCUCCGGACAGCAAUAAUGUAGCCAGCAGUGCUGUUGGAACUGCUCUGCCAAAGUUUGCCAUCCGAGGGAUGCUGAAAACCUUUGGGCUUCAUGGAGUAGUCUUAGAUGUGGAUUCGGUAAAUGAGUUGGUGCAGGUAGAAACAUAUCUGCGAAGUGAAGGAGUGCUGGUUCGAUACUGGUAUCCUAUUGACAUGCUGGAAAGACCCCCAGCAGGCUACCGAAGGACUGCCACUAAUGGACUGGUCACACUGGACAACACCAACCUUCAAAUUCAUAGAGAGCUGCUGCGGUGUGAGGCUGCGCUGGCCAGGCUGUACUGCCGCAGGGCCCUGCUCAACAUCUUCGCCCCCAAGCUGCCUCACCUGUUUACCCGCCUCUUCCACAUCCCUGCCAUCCGAGACAUUACCCUGGAGCACCUGCAGCUGCUGUCCAGUCAGCUCCUGGCUCCUCCACUCCCAGAUGGCACCAUCAGCUCCAGCUCAAUCCUCCUGGCCCAGUCUCUGCAGCACUGCGUCCACUCCCAGAACUGCUCGGCCACAGACCUCUUCUACCAGGGCAGCUCCCAGACGGUGCGAGAGUGGCUCCACGUGGCCAUCACCCGGACCCUGCACCAGGGCGAGGAGAGCCUCUUGGAGCUGACGAAACAGAUCUGCUCUUUCCUGCAGACAGCACCAGAGCAGUUCCCCUCCGAAGAAUUCCCCAUCUCUGAGUCCAAAGUCAGCAUGGACGUUAAUUUCCCUGGAGCCGCGUUUGUCGUGGUAUCUUGCAAAGAAAGUCAGUCUGGAUUCCGCAAAGACUCCUCUCUGUACAAGGCGCCAUGGGCACGUGUGCUGGUGUACGGGCUCGGCCACAAGGUCAAGCGAAACGGGCAGCUAAACCUCAUCGAGGCCGUGUGUUACCCGCGGGAUGCCUCUCCGGCCAACACCGGGCUCACACCUCCGCCCACCACCAACCAGUACCCCUCCGUGAUCCUGUCCACGGACAAGGUCCACAUCAAGCUGGGAGUGUCUCCACCUCCCGGAGCUGUGCUGGUAUUGCAUUCCCUGCCCCUGGAAUUCCCACUGGCCAUGGCCUUCGCAGAGCAGCUGCUGUCCUGGAAGUCAGAGGACGGCGAGGGGAAAUCGGAAGACGAGCCUGACACGGUGCCCACAUCCGUCCUCCUGCAAGUGGUGGGGCUGCUGGGAAACUUCCUGUGGACCACGGACAUGGCGGCCUGCGUGAAGGAACUCGUUUUCCAUCUCCUGGCGGAGCUGCUGCGUACGGUGCACGCGCUGGAGCAGAGGAAGCACCCGGCGGGCCUGUCCUCCUCCAUCGCCCUGCAGCUGAACCCCUGUCUGGCCAUGCUGAUGGCCCUGCAGUCCGAGCUGCACAAGCUGUACGACGAGGAGACGCAGAGCUGGGUCUCGGGCAGCUCCUGCGGAGGCUCAGGCACAGCGGUGGCCUCCGACCAGGGCAGGUUCUCCACGUAUUUCCAUGCCCUCAUGGAAGGGUGCCUGGCAGUGGCCGAAGUGACCCUGCCUACCAACAUGAGUGUCACGGCCAGCGGAGUAACCUCAGCAACCACCCCAAACCUCAGUGACUCCUCCUCCUCCUCCUCGUCCUCCCCAGGACAGACUCCUCAGAGCCCCAGCCUCCUGUCCAAGAGGAAGAAAGUCAAGAUGAAGCGGGAAAAGGCCUCCUCCACUGGGAAGCGCCCAGCGUCCCGCUCCGUGGACUCCGACGCCGCCCUGCUCAGCAUCGGGGGCAGCAAGCCCGAGGACAUGCUGUGGUUCCACAGAGCCCUCACCUUGCUCAUCAUUCUCCGGCACCUCACCAGGAAGGACCCACAGGGGCUGGGCGUGACGAGCGACGCCAUUGCCGACGCCUGCCAGGCCCUGGUAGGCCCUACUGCCCACAGCCGCUUACUGGUGAUCUCCGGAAUCCCCACCCACCUGGACGAGGGCAUCGUCAGAGGCGCCAUCCGCAAGGCCUGCAAUGCCCACGGCGGGGUCUUUAAAGACGAGAUCUACAUUCCCCUGCAGGACGAAGACCCCAAGAAGCCGAAAGACAAGGCCGAGGGCAGUGAUGGCAAAGCCGAGCCGGAGAAGACCCUCGGCUUCCCCAGCACAGACAGCCUGGAAGUCAGCACGUCCAGCAGCCUGACCCCUGCCAUGAGCAUCAGUGCAUCUGCCUCCACCAGCCAGGCCUCCAUCUGCAGCUCCCAGGGCAUCUCGCAGACGGUCAGUGACCUGUCUGUGGAUCUGCUGCCUGCAGGCCUGGAGCUGCCUGUCCCUCCUGGCUUGCUGGAGCCCCAGGUGGUGUCCAGCCAGGAGAGCCUGGACAUCUCCCUGUGCAGCACCGGCAGCCUGGGCAGCCUGGGCAGCCUGGGGGAGCCGCUGGACAACGCCGAGACAGCCUCCGCAUCAGACAUGGGCUCCAUGUACACAGUCACGUCCCUGGACAACCAGCAGCUCGCGGCGCGCCCCAUCAAAGGCUUCGCAGUCGUGGAGAUAAGAUCCCGAGCCAAAAUCGAGAAAAUCCGAGCAAGUUUAUUUAACAAUAAUGAUUUGAUCGGUUUGUCAAGUUUGGACGGUGAAGACGAAUUGAUGGAAAUGUCCACGGAAGAGAUUCUUACUGUGUCUGUAGUGAAUCAGAGCUUGUUUGACACUCAGGGAAGCCCGGGGUUAGAAGAUUAUUUCAAUGACAAGUCAGUUAAAGGUGAGAAGCUGGUGCCCGGGGCCCGGGAGGUGCUGACGGAGAUAUUUAAGAGCUGUGCCCAUUCAGAGCAGAUGCUGAGCCUGACCCCGGCCAAGCCCAUCAAAGUGUCUGACAUCUAUCUCAGCAAAGAGCAGAUCAACUCCCAGACUCCAGGCAACCUCCUCCACCUCUUCUUCACCAAUGUCCGGCCUCCAAAGAAGGUGCUGGAGGACCAGCUCACCCAGAUCCUGAGGAAGUACGGCGUGCCCAAGCCCAAGUUUGACAAGAGCAAGUACAGCAAAGCGGGGAAGGAGCAGCACCCCGUGAAGGUGGUGAGCACCAAGCGGCCCGUCACCAAGCCACCCACCAAGGACAAGGCCGUGCUCAACAGUGUCAGCAGAUCUGCUCUAAGCGAGAAGAAGCCAACUGUGAAGCCCAAGUCCCCGGAAAAGAGCAAGCCGGACGAAAAGGACCCAGAAAAGUCACCCACCAAAAAGCAAGAAGUCCCAGAGGAAAAGUAUCUGACCUUGGAAGGAUUUCACAAGUUUGUUGUUGACCGAGCCAAGCAAGACAUCCGCAGUGUCUGGAGGGCGAUUUUAUCCUGUGGUUAUGAUCUCCACUUUGAGAGGUGCGCCUGCAUCGACGCCCGCCACGCCCACAAGGCCUCGCGGAAGUGGACCCUGGAGAUGGACGUGGCGCUCGUGCAGUACAUCAACCGGCUGUGCCGCCACCUGGCCAUCACGCCCGCCCGGCUCCACCCCCACGAGGUGUAUCUGGACCCCGCGGACACCACCGACCCCAGAGUGGCCUGCCUCCUGAGCGUGCCCAUCGAGAGCCUGCGCCUGCGCUUCGCCCUGCUCCAGUCGCUCAACACCACGCUGGAGACCUUCUUCCUGCCGCUGGUGGAGCUGCGCCCGACGCCCGUGUACACCCGCAGCAUCGCCGCCCUGCUGCAGGAGGCCAAAGGGCUGAUCUUCUACGACACGAAGGUGACGGUCAUGAACCGGGUGCUGAAUGCCACUGUGCAGAGGACGGCGGACCACGCGGCGCCUGAGAUCACUCUGGACCCCCUGGAGAUUGUGGGAGGGGAGAUCAGAGCUUCUGAAAACUCCUACUUCUGCCAAGCUGCCAGGCAGCUGGCCUCCGUGCCAUCCUCUCAGCUUUGUGUCAAACUGGCCAGUGGCGGCGACCCCACCUAUGCCUUCAACAUCCGCUUCACUGGGGAGGAGGUCCACGGCACCAGCGGGUCCUUCCGCCACUUCCUGUGGCAGGUGUGUAAGGAGCUGCAGAGCUCCUCGCUGUCCCUCCUGCUGCUGUGCCCCAGCUCGGCCGUCAACAAGAACAAGGGCAAGUACAUCCUGACCCCCAGCCCCAUCACCUACGGGGAGGAGCAGCUGCUGCACUUCCUGGGGCAGCUGCUGGGAAUCGCAAUUCGAGCAGAUGUCCCUCUGCCCCUGGACCUCCUGCCCUCCUUCUGGAAGACUCUGGUAGGGGAGCCCCUGGACCCUGACCAAGACCUGCAGGAAGCAGACAUACUCACGUACAACUACGUCAAGAAAUUCGAAAGCAUCAACGACGAGAUGGAGCUGGAGGCCCUGUGCGCGGAGAUCGCCUCCCAGCACCUGGCCACCGAGAGCCCCGACGGGCCCAACAAGCCCUGCUGCCGGUUCACCUACCUGACCAUGACGGGCGAGGAGGUGGAGCUGUGCAGCCGCGGCCGGCACAUCCCUGUGGCGUGGGAGAACAAGGACAUCUAUGCAGCCGCCGUCCGGAGCCUGCGGCUGCGGGAGCUGCAGAACGAGGAGUGCACCACGGCCGUGCGGGCGGGCCUGGGCUCCAUCGUGCCCCUGCAGCUGCUCACCACGCUCAGCCCUCUGGAGCUGGAGCUGCGGACUUGCGGCCUCCCAUACAUCAACCUCGAGUUCCUGAAGGCCCACACCAUGUACCAGGUGGGGCUGAUGGAGACGGACCAGCACAUUGAGUUCUUCUGGGGGGCCCUGGAGAUGUUCGCCCAGGAGGAGCUGUGCAAGUUCAUCAAGUUUGCCUGCAACCAGGAGCGCAUCCCGUUCACCUGCCCCUGCAAGGACGGGGGCCCCGACACAGCCCAUGUGCCCCCGUACCCCAUGAAGAUCGCCCCCCCAGACGGCACAGCAGGUUCCCCAGACUCUCGCUACAUCCGCGUGGAGACAUGCAUGUUCAUGAUCAAGCUUCCCCAGUACUCCUCUCUGGAAAUCAUGCUGGAGAAACUGCGCUGUGCCAUUCACUACCGUGAAGACCCCCUGAGUGGCUGAAGGGAGGGAGCUCCAGGGUGAGGCUGUCUCCGAGGCACUGCUCCGCCGGCAGGGAGGCCUGCUCCUGCAGGCAUGUCCCUCCAGGGAGGGCCCUGCGUGAGGAGUUGGCGACGUUUUGCUUUUCUGAACUUUUGUCCACAUUCCAGGGCCUCCUGGAAGACUUAACCUUUUGUAUUUGUACGUUUUGUGAUGGGUUGGUUUUUUUGCUACCGUUCACGGUGUUUGUAGGGUAGUUUAGUUCCCAGUUUGUGUCGCAUUUGAUCUUCCUGGACACUGUCCUUCGUGGCCACCAGAUUCUGAGGCCCUAGGGCCCCAGAUGGUUCCACAUCACAGGACCACCCAGCAGGAAGUUGGCGAUAAGACGCCAUCGCCCUCUCAGAGUCCUGUUCCUUCCGAGAACACAUCCACAAACAAGCCAGGCCUGCCCCACCUACCUGGAGCCAGAGUUUCUCCUGGACGCGGCUCCUCAGGCCUUCUUCCAUGGUUGGACCAGUUACCCAAACAUGGAGGUUUAUGUUACUCUUUAGAGCCUUGUGAAUGGUCUGGGAUUUUCUGAGGAAAAGUCCACAGCAGCCCCUCCCGGACUCUCUGCUCUCCGUCAGUUCCAGGACCCUGGUCUGCGUUCCCCGAGUGCUCCUCAGGAGCAGGCGACCAAGGGUUCAUUCCCGACGUCAGUUCAGAGCCAGGCGGCUGUGUCCCAGCUCCAGGGUUGAGAGGGACAGUGCUGGAGACGGACUGAAUAGGAAAACACGUGAUGCAAGCCUUCCUCACUCCUGUGCUCGGAAACGGCCCUUCCUCGCUGUGGAGGGACGUGAGGAGCUGAGGAAAGGGUCCCACCCCCACUUUAAAGAGCUGUCUGAGGUGCUCUGCUCAAUUCGGGGUCUGCUUCCGUGACUAAGACCUUCCAGUCCAGAUGGAGACGCAAGGGAGGUCCUUCUGCCCCCCUGGCUGGGCCCACCCAGUACCCUCCUCGCUGCCCCAUAUGUGUGCCAGAGCUGGGCUGCCCCAGCUCACCCACUGCCCCUGCAUUUGUGCCCCACCUGGGUCUUUGUCCAGUGGUACUUUGUUGAAGAGCAGCAUAUGCCAUCUUGUUGGACUGUCACUUGGGCCUUGCCAGUUCUCACAGAAUUCAUCACUGUAUUUAUUGUAUAAUAUUGUGAAUAUUGGAAGUUCUGAGUGAGUGCUGAAGAGGUGGUUUGGAGUGUGAAUGCUGGUAAGAGGAGGAUGUGCUCCUCCUUCCGAUGCCUGAUGGAAACGUGGAUUUUUGAGCCGUUAGCAUCCCUCUCCUCCCUAUUAUUCCUAGGAACUGCAUUAAGGACCAUUGUAGAAAAGAUCCCCUCCCCUAAGGAAGAUAAACUUGGGUUAACUGUCCAGUUGCAUCACUUAUGUUUGAUGCAGGAUCAGUGUCUGGAGGUGAGUGCCUGCAGUGUCCCCGUCUGGAGAAUGUGGUUGGCCACUGCCUCAUGUGGCCACAGCCCCCUAGUCUGGAGGUCACAGCAGGAUGUAGUCCUGACAAGGAUCCUGUUUCAUUCCUGCAUAAUGAAAGAGCCUUUGGAUUUAUUAGAAGUGGUUUUUUCCUCCUGUAUUUUUAAAUUCUUAGUUCCCUCUAUCCCUUCCCAUCCCUUGAACGAACUCAGAAUUCUGUCAGCUACCUCCCCGAUGCGGGGAUUGGGAAGCUUCUGUUGGCCAAUCACUUGAUGCGAUGAUAGCUGUGAGUUACCUGCUGCUAACAUGACUGCUUCUCCCAGAGAGCACAUUGAGGUCCAGACAGAUCUAAACCUUGGCCCUAAAACACAUGUGCUGUAAAGUUACUUGAUGUGUAUUUAUUAUAAUUAUUUAUGGUUGCAUUUAACAAACUUUUCAUUCAAUUUGAUGCUAUUUACACCAUUGCUGUGUAAAGAACGCUCACUACAGGAACAAAGUCUCACCAAUAAAUAAUCUUCAUCUAAUUUUGAUUUUCUCUAAGAAUUGUGUGAUCAUCUUUUCAAAAAAGGUUUAAUUUUCAGUUACAUUUGACAUUCAGUAUUAGUUUCAGGUGUACAACAGUGAUCAGACAUUUACAUCUUAUGAUCACACAGAUCUAGUAUCCACCUGAUACCAUAAUUAUUUUGACUAUAUUUCCUAUAGUACUACUUUUUACAUCCCAUUUGCUUGUUUUUAUAAGUGGCUAUUUGUACAUCCUAACCCCUUUACCCUUUUCACUCAUCCUCCUAAACCCGCUCCCAUCUAACCAUCCAUUUGUUCUCUGAAGAGUUUCUCCAUUAGGUCCAUCCAUGUUGUCGCAAAUGGCAACAUUUCAUUUUUUAUGGCUGAGUAAUAUUCUAUUGUACAUGUCUACUGACAGACACUUAGGUUGCUUCCAUGUCUUGGGUAAUGUAAGUAAUACUGCAAUGAAUAUAAGGGCACCCCUAUCUUUUCAAAUGAGUGUUUCAGAUUUCUUCGGAUCAAUACCCAAAAGUGGGGUUACAGGACCAUAUGAUAGUUCUAUUUAAUUUUUUGAAGAACCUCCUUAAUGUUUUCCAUGGUGGCUCUGAGAAGGAGCUCACCCUGGACCUGCCAGAGUUCUGGGAAGCAGAGAAAGCCUAGUCCUGCUCACCUUCCCCCACACUCCCUGAGGUCUCUCAAGUGCACAGGAGAAGGAGCCACAAGACUCAGGUAAACUUCAAGUACAAACUUUAUUUCUAGUACAAGAUGUUAAUAAUUAUAAUAAUAAUAAAAUAAAAAGAGGGAGAUGGGAGCUCUGAUACUUGUUUAGAGUUAAGUCACAGAGCUUAGGGCUCAGUCCCAGUCCGGAGAGCCCAGCAAGGCCCUGGCAGGGACAGAAAGCCCCUCACUGUUUCCAUCAGAAGGCAGUAAAGAAAAAGGAGCCAUUUCCCCACCAAAACAGAAGGCAGUGAUGCCCAAUGCCAAAGAAACAGAUUAAAACAAAGCCGGAGUCCAUUCUAGUUCAACUCAUCUCCAAAAGACCUGUUCCUAAUAUAUAUUGCAACUGACCUGAACACUUUCCCAGGGCUGUUCCACACACAAACCAGAGUCCCAAUUCUAGAGUGGGGAGGGGCAGCACACAGGAGGUUACCCAAAAGUUCCCAAAUUUAGGCCCCUGCAGGAAAAAGAAUCAGGUUUCCACAGCCCUCUCCUCUCUCCACCAGGACCACACAGCACCAGGAAACAGCGGUGACAGUUUGUCAAAAGAUGGAGCCCUGGUGGGCUGAGAGGCCUAAGCUGUAUUUUUGUGCUGCCAAAAGGCAGCAGCUAAAGCUGAAAUGUUUCUGAACAGCCUCCCUGCUAGCCCUCCCUCCAACCCCCAAACUCCCACAUCACAAUCUCAAGACACAAAACCGUCAUAUCUUA